UCAUUGUGUUGCACCGGGCGCUCCCCGGUGCUGUGUCUCGGUAGUCCGGAUCCCUUCAGGUGUCGUCGGUGAAAAUAUUAAAUAUUCGACGACCUUUGAGAUGAGUGAAGUGGCCUCGAGCCGCCCUGAGAUGACAGCGCUCGCUCCGCCUCCUGCACAACCCAUCACCAGUAGGAACGCUUCUCCUUGUCGCUCGCCGUCCAGUCACAGGAGCCCUACAGGCUCUCGGCAGAAUUUAGCAAAAGAGCGACGCGAGGACCGAGAGAAGGCACAAGAGGGAUCCGAGCUCCUGCGGGAUAAGGAGCGCCGCGCGCAGCAGCAGCUGGACCGCUGCGCCGAGGAGCGAGGGAGGAAGAUGGAGGAGCAGAGGAGGAAGGAGCAGAAACGCAGAGCGGCUGCGGAGGAGAAGAGACGGCACCAGAAGGAGGCUGAGAAGGAGCGGCUGGAGGCCCUGGUGCGCCGGAGAGCUGGUGGCGCCGAGAGACGAGGAGGAGGAGGAGGAGGAGGAGGAGGAGGAGGGAACGGAGGGGGAGGAGUAGGAGGGGAGGCCCGAGACCACCUGGAUAACAGGCCCAAACGCUGGACGUGGGGAGGACCGCCUGACGGAGUGGAGGGUAACCCUAAGACCCCGCCCUGCCCUGCCAUUGGCUCCGCACAGCCCAAUGAGCUUCCUGCUGCUGCUUCCAGCGCCAGCCAAUCCCGUAACGUUGGUGACUUCUUGUCUCCUUCAACGAUGGAGCAGCAAAUCAACAAACAGCUCUCCAACUCCUCAGCCGCCCUGCAUUCACCAGAGAGAGUGUCUUUUGUGUCUCAACGAACAGCGUCCCCGAGCAACCACAGACCGAACAGAAGCUCCUCCAACCGCAGGAGCAUCGCUGGGUUCCCCGACGAAACAUCCAAAGCCAGAACACCUACGGGUGAGACUCCGAACACGCCGGCUCGCAGCUCUUCCUUCAGGUCUAACAGCAAGGGCCCUGCCACACCGAAACGGGUGAGGUCAAACAGGAGUCGGGCCCAGUCGCCCUGCUCCCCCGGACAGUACCCGCCCUCCCCGAUCCGGCACAGGGCCACCACCCCGGGCCACGACGAGAGGAACCACAUCUCUGAGGUCAAAGGUCACAGCACCCUGGAGAGGAAAGCAACCAAAUCUGAGACCUCGGAGAAAAAGAUCCCCAAAUCCACCAGCAGAGAGCUGAACGCAGAGUCUCCAGGAACACCCACGGGCAGGAGUGUGGGCGGGACGACAGACGCUGAGGAGGCGUCCAGGCUGCUGGCAGAGAGGAGACGUCUGGCUCGGAUACAGAAGGAGCAGGAGGAGAAACAACGGCAGGAGGAUGAGAGGCUGAGGGCCGAGGAGGAGCAGAGGAGGCUGCAGGAGGAGAAAGAGAGACAGGAGAGAGCCGCUGUGCAGGCGGAGGAGGAGAGAGUGAGGCGGGAGGAGGAGCGGAGGAACAAAGAGGACGAGGAGAGGCGACAGAAGGAGCAGAGAUGGAAGGACAUGCAGGACCAGCUGGACAGAGAGAGGGAGGAGGCCUUCCUGAGAGCCCAGAAGGAGGCGGAGAGGAAGAGGCAGGAGAGAGAGCUGCUGCACAUCCAGGAGGAGCAGGAGAGGCAGCAGAGGAAGAAGAGGAUUGAAGAGAUCAUGAAGAGGACAAGGAAGAGUGAAGUGGAGCCUCUGACCGGGACUGCAGUGCCCGACUCGAGGGCAGAGGCUGCCGUCGCCUCAGAGGAGGAGGCAGCGACUCCAGCUGAAGCCCCCGUCAUCAUGCUGGGACCUCUGGAGCACAAGAGCUUCGUGGACGAGCUCUCUGACGGAGUCCAGUCCAUGGACGUCAGUCCUGUGUCCAGGGACGAGCAGGCGAGCGCUCACGAGUUCUCCCCGGUCACCGAGGGCUGCCCCCUGGACCACCUGAUAGACAUAGACGCCCACGGACCAGGGCAGGGUCACGUCGCGGAGACGCCCCCGUACCCCAAGAUGCAGGCCGGCAGCGGGGUCGGGGACCUGAACAAAAACCUUCUGAUUCAGGCGUACAGCGCCGCCUCUGAAACAUCACAGCUCAUCCACAGCAUCGGGCCGACCAAGCUGGACGUCCAGUAGCCAGAAGAGCCGGCCGGUUCAGUCCAAACAGGAGCCUGGAGAACAAAACCAAGAAAUCAUCACCUCUGUCUGCAACGACGAUGACGACAAGAACCAUCGUCUCCACAAAGGAAGGAAUGCUCAAUAACUCACCUCACAUCUGUAAAACUAAAACUCGCUUCGCAGUAAAGCUUUUGGCAACGAUUUGACGCAGCGCAGGCGGGCGACUGUGACUCUCACACACGUCACAGUUUGACUCAAUCACACAGAUGAUAUGAAGAGGGUUUAUAAGUAAGGUUUCUGCAUGUUUGUUGGAUUUAAAAGUGAAGAAUCGGGAUGAAAAGAAGUGUAAAGUAAAGGUGAAACGUUAUUAACACACAUGCUCAACACAGCAUCUUCUCAUGACUUCUACAUUCUGAUCUCCUGAAGCCAGCGUCGUCCGCCUGCGCCGCCUCAAAGCAUCACUCGAGUAUCACCCGCUUUAAUCUCUCAGCCCUGCUUUUGUAAAGUGUAAAUAGACGUGAGCGGUGGAGGAGGAGUGUGGGGCGGCUCUGUAGCAGUGAAUCUGGAGGGAAGCUGUAAAAAAAAAGAAAAAAGAGACACUGUUGUGUAAAUCCUGUGUAGCAUCUUCAGUGAGGACUAGCUAGCUGAGCUGUUAAUGGUUGUAGCUGUGUACUGGACCAGUGUGUGAGAGCCUCUCUCUCUGUCUGUCAGUGAUGGUUCCUGUGUGUUUACCUCCCCUCUGCUGACAGCGACGCCUCCUCUGUCGUCCUGACGCAGAAGAAAACGAUCUGAUAUUAUAGCCCCGCCUCUCGCUUUGUUUUCUGCUGCUCGUCACUCCAUUCACGGACGUCUCUGUGGAGGUGAAAGGAAGGGGGAAGAAUACGUCAAAUGUCCUGCAUUUUGAUCAGGAAAAUGUUGACACUGUGUUGUGUUUUUUUGUCUGACACUGACUGUAACCACGCUUACUGCAGUUCAUAGAGUGCACUUACAGUAGAUGUGUGUUUCACCGCUCUGAAGACGCUUGAUUUUUCCUCCUCAGCUCAUCCCCCCCCCCCCCCCGACUAAAAAUAUACCUCACCAUUCAGAACAGACUCUGGUGUGAAACAGCGUUCACCGCCUCGCAGCUCAUCACCUCUGAGGCCUUAAACCUCUGUGCAGUCAAACAUGUCCCCUGAAGCAGCCAGCCGUCUCUGCGUUAUCCAGCAUGUGCACUUUGGCUCUGUAAAGGCUCCUUUCCACUAAGAACACCGUGAAGUAGAGAGACAGCGAUUUCUAGAGCAAGUCUGGGUUUGAUGUCAGCCGGUCAGGCAGGAGAGAAAACAUGACUCAUGAGAAAUUAUGAAACUAUGAAAGAAAGCUUUGAUUAUCUGCGGGGUAAAAGCAUGCCACAGACUCUGAAGGACCCCAGAGUUAAAGGGAGUCACAGUCAGGAUCGCUGCCUGAGCAAAUUCCCCCAGCAGAACCCAAAACACCAUCACUGACCGACCCGUGUGCAAAUAUCAGUCCAAUAUUUCCUCCUACAUCAUGAUCUGGUGCCAAUUAUGACUCUUUGUUGUAAAGCUACUCCAUUCCUCACAUUUAUUGUCGCACCCCCUCCUAAAUCUGUACAUUUAUUUUAAUAGUUUAGGAAAAUCUGUCCUGUUAUUUAUUAAAAUUAUGGUUAUG